CUGACGUGCUCGUCUCUCAGGAUCGGUCGUUAUGCAUGUUCUCGACUUUAACCCUCAGAGGCACGAACCUCCCAGGUCCCAUCACACUUUCCAGACGGGAAUCCUUUCCGGCUCGUCAAUAUGACUUUAAGAGAUCAAAGUACGCGAACAGACCAGACUGGCUCGCUGUGCGACCACCGCGGAACAGUGGCCACCUCUCCCUUGAACUUGGCGAACGUAUUGGAGGUGGCAGGUCUGCCGUCGUCUACUCCGUGAAAGUUGUCCCCGAUGCGUCUCGCAUCGACGAAUCUUGUGACUUGGACCUUUGCAUCAAGGUGGCGCGGCCGAACCGUUGUCGCUCGCUCGCUCGGGAGGCAUGGAUUCUGGAACAGCUCCCCGAGGACAUGAUCCAGGGCAUGAGUACGCCGCGCUGUUACGGAAUUUUCGCCGUCGAUCUAUCUUCUGGGCAAUUGCCCUUUCCUCUCUGGUCUGGCGACGACUACUUCAUGGAUGCAUCACCAGGGCACUGGGAAAAAGACGAUCCCACCCAGGAUGAUCCUCUAUACGACGACGACCGACCUGAUGAAGCGCGGUGCCCGGGCUCUCCUCCCGGUGCUAGAGAGCUUUCCCCAUGGGUCAAUUGGCGUCCUGACCCUGAUGCGCCACUCUUGUCGGUUCUUCUUAUGGCUCGUGGAGGGCGGACAUUCAGCAUGGCCGAGGAUGACUGGGAUCGAUCCAAUCACAAAGAUAUUGAAGACAUCCUUGACGAUCUUUCCACCAUGUACAUGUUACAUGUUGACCUUCGCCCAUCGAACGUCAUACGUGCACCGUCUGAUACGCAGGAGUGUAGCAUGCACAAAUACGUUCACAAAUGGAACGUCAUCGACCUCGCCUCGUCGACCGUCGAUGGCCCCAACGAUAACGAUGAUGCAAAACUUGCGCUCAUCUGCAAAUUGCAGCAGAGCAAGUGGCGUAACCGGUACUGGUAUGCUAUGGGACGCCGUGCGUGAACCGGUAUGUCGCAUCCAUGCUCAAUCCUUUCGGUCUUACAUAGUCUGUAAGGCCGACUUCCUUAUCCAUCAACAACCUUGCGAGCAGCAUACGUCUCCUGUAAUAGAUAUACCAGACUGAAUGCCUGUACCUCGUGAUAGCUGCUAUUCAGCUCCAGUCGCGCUCCUAGAUCAAGCAAGUGUCAUGGCAGAUGUACCUACUUAUCACGCUGUCGGUUACUCCGACGGCCAUGGGGACGUGGUAGUCUUCGACAAUUUCCUGCUAUCAUUGUCAAUAUGUAGUGUACAGAAUGUGAACGUGUUUCCAAGCGA